UCUCUCUCUCUCUCUCUCGCCAUCCCCACCCCUCCCCUGGCUCCUCGGCCUCUCCCUUGGGACUUCUGGCUUUCAUCUCUUCCCAUCUCUCCUAAUUUCUUCUCUUUUCCCUCACCGAUCCCUCCCCCUCCUUUCCCCGCCCUUGCCUGCCUUCCCCACCCUCCCCACCUCUCCCAGGCCUGAGAUCUCCAGCUCCGGGUGGUUUCCCAGGCAAGGAAGGCUUGGGACCAUGGCUGGGCUGGGCCCGGGAGGUGGGGAGGUGGAGGGUGGCCCCCGGCCCCUGUUUUGCAGGAAGGGGGCUCUGCGCCAGAAGGUCGUGCACGAGGUGAAGAGUCACAAAUUCACAGCCCGCUUCUUCAAGCAGCCCACCUUUUGCAGCCACUGCACCGACUUCAUCUGGGGGAUCGGCAAACAGGGCCUUCAGUGUCAAGUCUGCAGCUUCGUGGUUCACCGACGAUGCCACGAAUUCGUGACCUUCGAGUGUCCGGGCGCGGGGAAGGGGCCCCAGACAGACGACCCCCGCAACAAGCACAAGUUCCGCCUGCACAGCUACAGCAGCCCCACCUUCUGCGACCACUGCGGCUCCCUGCUCUACGGGCUGGUGCAUCAGGGCAUGAAGUGCGCCUGCUGCGAGAUGAACGUGCACCGGCGCUGUGUGCGAAGCGUGCCCUCUCUGUGCGGGGUGGACCACACCGAGCGGCGAGGGCGCCUGCAGCUGCGCAUUCGGGCCCCGACCGGGGAUGAGAUCCACGUCACAGUGGGCGAGGCUCGCAACCUCAUCCCCAUGGACCCCAAUGGCCUGUCCGACCCUUACGUGAAACUCAAGCUGAUUCCGGACCCAAAGAAUGUGAGCAAGCAGAAGACCCGGACGGUGAAGGCCACGCUGAACCCCGUGUGGGACGAGACUUUCGUGUUCUCCCUGAAGCCCGGGGAUGUGGAGCGCCGCCUGAGCAUCGAGGUCUGGGACUGGGACAGGACGUCUCGUAACGACUUCAUGGGAGCCAUGUCCUUUGGCGUCUCGGAGCUGCUCAAGGCCUCUGUGGACGGCUGGUACAAGUUACUGAACCAGGAGGAGGGUGAAUAUUACAAUGUCCCAGUGGCCGACGCUGACAACUGCGGCCUUCUGCCCAAGUUUGAGGCCUGUAACUAUCCCCUGGAGCUGUAUGAGCGGGUGCGCCUGGGCCCUUCUCCCUCCCCCUCUCCCUCUCCCAGCCCCACGGACUCCAAGCGCUGCUUCUUCGGCUCGGGCUCGGGCUCGGGUCGCCUGCACAUCUCCGACUUCACCUUCCUCAUGGUGCUUGGAAAGGGCAGUUUUGGCAAGGUGAUGCUCGCUGAGCGUCGGGGUUCCGAGGAGCUGUUCGCCAUUAAGAUCCUGAAGAAGGACGUGAUCGUGCAGGACGACGACGUGGACUGCACGCUGGUGGAGAAGCGCGUGCUGGCCCUGGGGGGCCGCGGGCUGGGCGGCCGGCCGCACUUUCUCACGCAGCUGCACUCCACUUUUCAGACCCCCGACCGACUGUACUUUGUGAUGGAGUACGUGACGGGCGGGGACCUCAUGUACCACAUUCAGCAGCUGGGCAAGUUCAAGGAACCGCACGCCGCGUUCUACGCGGCCGAAAUUGCCAUCGGCCUCUUCUUCCUCCACAACCAGGGCAUCAUCUACAGGGACCUGAAGCUGGACAACGUGAUGCUGGACGCGGAAGGACACAUCAAGAUCACGGACUUCGGCAUGUGCAAGGAGAACAUCUUCCCGGGGACCACGACUCGGACCUUCUGCGGGACCCCGGACUACAUAGCUCCCGAGAUUAUCGCCUACCAACCCUACGGAAAGUCGGUGGACUGGUGGUCCUUCGGGGUGCUGCUCUAUGAGAUGCUGGCGGGGCAGCCUCCGUUUGACGGGGAGGACGAGGAAGAGCUGUUUCAGGCCAUCAUGGAGCAGACGGUGACCUACCCGAAGGCGCUGUCGCGGGAGGCCGUAGCCGUGUGCAAGGGGUUUCUCACUAAACACCCAGGAAAGCGUCUGGGCUCGGGGCCUGAAGGCGAGGUUGCCAUCCGGGGCCAUGGCUUCUUCCGCUGGAUUGACUGGGAGCGCCUAGAGAGGCUGGAGAUCGCUCCGCCCUUCAGGCCACGACCAUGUGGCCGGAGCGGUGAGAAUUUUGACAAGUUCUUCACCCGCGCGGCCCCGGCACUGACGCCCCCCGAUCGCCUGGUCCUGGCCAGCAUCGACCAAGCCGAUUUUCAGGGUUUCACUUAUGUCAACCCUGACUUUGUGCAUCCCGAUGCCCGCGAGCUGCCCAGUCCCGGGGCCGGGGCCAGCCCCGUACCCGUCCUUUGAGCGCUCCGCUGCUUCGCCCUCUCCUCGGACGGGUGCGGCCGGGGGGAGUUCUCGGAUCUGUUGGUUCUCUCCCCCCUUCCCCCACCUGGGACUGGCAUCCUGCAUCCGCUCCCCUCAUUCUAAUCUCCCUUAUCCUAUCCUACUUUCCUAAUUCUAAUCCCCACCCCCAUGUUCUAGUUCCCCACCCCCGCCUAGUAGCCCUGGCCCACCACUCUCCUAGUCCCUUGUCCCGAGCCUACCUUCAAUUUGAAGUCCUGUGGGAGGCUGCGCCCCCACACCUGGGACCCCAGGGGAGAACGGAGAUGGUCCCCAGCCGGGGCCCAGCAUCCAGAUCUGCCCGGUCCCCCCCGCCCCCAUCUGGUGUUCUCCGCCAGCUAGUAUUCUAGAGCUUCCCACCCCCAUCACUGGCAAACCCCUUUCCUGCUGCCUGUGUGAUUCAAGUCUCAGCUUCAUGGAGCCCUGGAUCCAGCUUUCUGGGCCCCCGAGGCCUCUCAGUCAGGCUCCCCCAUCUGUCCCCACCCCCAUCCCUCAGGGCUGGGAAAUAAAGUUGGGGUUUGAUGCUGGCUAA